AUGACCGACCGCUGCAGCCUUUGGAGCGCCUUGUCGGCCGCCGCUUGCUGCUUCUACCGCGGCUCCUUCAUGCAAGUGCAGUUCUCCAAGGAGAAGUACAUCCUUGACUCCUCACCGGAGAAGCUUCACAAGGAGUUGGAAGAGGAGUUGAAGCUCAGCAGUUCUGACCUCAGGAGUCACGCCUGGUAUCAUGGCCGUAUCCCCCGGGAGUUACUCGUCUCAAGCCACAAGGUGGCAACGGUGCCGCCCCGUCAUCCCCGGUCAUCCGACGCUCCAGCGAGCCGCAGCUAUGCCAGGGGAAUGGCAGUAAGAGUGAGCUGUCCGACAGCCCCCACUCAACCCCUUCCCACGGAUGCUCCAGGGCCUCCCCUUCUCCGUCUGCCAGCAGCUACAGCGACCCAGAUUCAGGACAUUAUUGCCAGCUUCACCCGCCAUCCCCGGUCCAUUGGGACAGGCCAACGGCCGACAACAACAAGGGGAUGCCUACCAAAAGCUAUGUGGAGAGGCUAAAGGGGGACGAAUGCCAGCGAGGGUUUGUCCUGAAUGGCUCUGAAGGAGAAGCAGGGUCCAGAAAGAGGCUGGAGCAGGACAUGAUGGGUUUUGUGGUCCCGGUGGUGGAAAGGACAUCCACGUUCAACCCCGCCUUGUUCCACUCCUUGCUUAUUCCGGGGGAAAACAAGCCUCUGGAAAUGAUGGUGCUGAAGAAGAUCAAGGAAUUGCUGGCCGAAGGGGAUGCGAGGACUCUCGCCAAGCAUAUCACCCACGUGGAUUGCCUGGUUGCUAGGAUACUGGGGGUUACCAAGGAGAUGCAGAGGCUCAUGGGAGUCAGCUCAGGGAUGGAGCUGCUCACCCUGCCCCACGGACAUCAGCUUCGGCUGGAUUUGUUGGAAAGGUUCCACACCAUGACCAUCAUGAUCGCGGUGGAUAUUUUGGGGUGCACAGGAAGCAUGGUGGAGCGGGCCUCUCUUCUCCACAAGACCAUUCAGCUGGCCGCCGAGCUGAAGAGCACCAUGGGCAACAUGUACAGUUUUGCCGCUGUGAUGAAUGCGUUAGAAAUGACCCAGAUCUCCCGCCUGGAGCAAACCUGGAUGGUUUUACGCCAGCGUUACACAGAAGGCGCCAUUCUGUACGAGAAGACGCUGAAGCCAUUUUUAAAGAGCCUCAACGAAGGAAAAGGGUUCCAACCACAAGCAGAGCUUUUGGAGGUCUUCAGCACCGAAUUUCAGCUCCGUCUCUUAUGGGGAAGUCGGGGGGCCGAAAGCAGCCAGAGCGAGCGCUACGAGAAAUUUAACAAGGUCCUCACCGCCCUGUCCCACAAAUUGGAGCCAGCAGUGCGUUCGAGCGAGCUGUAGCUGGACAACAGCUUUCCGGCAACGGGGAGGGGGGGGGGAGAUCUCAAGCGAUGGGACUGUUUGACCGAAAGGGAAGCGGCUGAGCCCACCCACCCCCAAAAGGGACUUUCCAGCAUGAAAUACUGAUAACAAUCACCAGGUUGACUUUGUUCCUGCAAAACUUGACAACGACUGAGUAACUCCAGGAGACCAUGGCUGAUCGUGCAAACCAGGGAAGACAAUGCACUGGCCAAGCAUGCUAGACAGCAGCCAUGCAGAUUCGUAUUGAAGAUCUGCAGUGUGAUUCACGAAAGAGGCAAAGCUUCAGAGUUAAAAUUCACGACUGGUUCAUAGCCAAGUUUCCUGCCCGGGUUUGAUGCCUCACAGUGGGGUUUGAAAUCAAAAGUGCAGGAAUCUUCUCCCUGCUCCUUCCAUUAUGUUGAGGUCCCCCUGUUCUCCGUCACCAUGAAUUGGAAUAGAGCGAUUUCCAACCAGCUUUGAGGGGUCCAGUGGGGCUGAUCAGGGUUUAAUUCCCCCAAACCUCAGAAGGACUUGGGUGACAAGGCACACUCACAGGCAGCAAGACAACUCCCAAAUUUAACUCUUCUAUUUUCAUGGGCAUCUCUGAUCAUCACCAACAUUCAUUCUACACCCAACUUAAUCCAUCAACCAUAAGCCGCCCAGCGUAGAUCCAUGACAAGAUAGAUAGUAAAUAAAUUUAAUAAUACAUUUUAAACAAUCAGGUAAAGUUUGGCCACUGCCAUCUUUCUUUCCAGAUAUCCAAAGCCUCCAAUUCCAGUCCUUUCAUUGAUGCCAAGUAACAUUCCUUUAUUUUCUUAAAGCCUCUUUUUUUUUACUUCCUUUCAUGUUAAUGCAGGGAAUGAGGGUUGUUUUGUAAAUCUUUAAAAAAUCCAUAUGGGGUGUACAUGUACGUAUAAAUAUAUAUACAUAUGUAUUCAGGUCUCAUGUGUAAAUAAUUGACAUUGUUCUUUUGGGUCUUGUAA